AUGCACAUUACUGGCAUGGAAAAUGUACAGACUUCCUUAGUCAUCAGUAUCUGGAUUCACAUUCUAUGCCGCAGGUUAGGGACACCAGAUGUAGACCUCCAGCCAUCCAGGUUCAACAACAAGCGGAACAAGUUAGUCUCCAGGAUUCAGGACUCUCGAGCUUUUGCAGUGAAUGCUCUGGUGACAACGUGGGAUCAGUUCAACCUGAUCUACGCCUUUCCCCCAUUUGAAGAUUUUCCCUUGACUGCUGUUAUGUCGUCUUAUCACCUCAAUAAGGACAUUGUGUUGUCUUCUCUUUGUCCUUCCCCUUUGCAUUCUAACAAACUUCUUUUGCACAAGUUGGAUGUGGUCAAGCAGUACCGAUUCCCUUUUGAUAAUGUCAGUCAUGUAGAGAAAUGUUUACUUGUGCCAAUACUGGAGGACACAACAAUAUUUCAUGAACACAAAAAAGUAGUAGAGAGCCUUACAGCAGCCAUCUUGGAUUUGGUACAAUUGUAUUGUAAUGCAUUCAGUGCAGAGGUGCUGCAUUCUGAUCGCAAGGGAGCUUUGACUCAUGACGCUUCACAUUUUACCAGCCCUCUAUCCUUCACAGUCUAUGCUGCACAUCGAAUCCCCCUUGCAUGGGCAACCAGGUAUGAGGAUUUUUUUGUGUCUUGUUCUCUGAGCCAUGGUGGAAAGCAGCUGUGCAGUCCUCAGCUGACACGCAAGAUCCAUGUUUACAAAUACUUGUUCCAUCUAAUUGUUUGGGACCAAAUGAUCUGUUUUCCAAUUCAGAUAAAUCACCUUCCUCGAGAGACGCUUUUAACCGUUAAGCUGUAUGCAUUGUCUGUUCCCCCUCCUGGGAGUUCUUCAGAGGCCAUCAAGCAGAAAAGAAAUCCUCAGUCUUUGGGCUGGAUCACUACUCCUCUCUUCAACUUUAGGCAGUUUUUAACCUGUGGCCGUUGAUUACUGGGCUUCUGGUCAGCGUCAAUGCAUGGCAGUACUAGUUUCAGUACGCCAAAUGUAAAUGAGCCAGACAGCAUUAUUCUACAGAUUGACUUUCCUACCUCUGCUUUUGAUGUGAAAUUUUCAAAACCAGAAAGUGAGCCCUUCAGUGGCAAAUUCAAGCUAUCCAAAUUACCAAAGAAAGAUUUGAGUGAACUGCACGAGGCAAUGCAAAAGGAGUCCUUAUACUGGCUGACCGACAUGGAUAAAAAAAGAUUGUGGGAAAUGCGUUAUUACUGCUAUUCUGAGGUCAGCUCCCUGCCCUUGGUGCUGGAUAGUGCACCUAGUUGGCAAUGGGCAUGCUUGCCAGAUAUAUAUGGCUUACUGGACCAUUGGACUCAAAUGAAACAUCAAGAUGCUCUGGGGCUGCUUCACACCACAUUCCCAGACCAAGAAGUGAGACGUACAGCUGUGCAAUGGAUUGAUUCCAUAUCUGAUGCAGAGCUUUUGGAUUACUUACCACAGCUUGUGCAGGCUUUAAAAUAUGAAUGUUAUCUGGAUAGCCCACUUGUCAGAUUCCUCUUGAAAAGAGCUAUAUGUGACCUGCGUAUCACACACUACUUUUUCUGGCUGCUGAAAGACUGCUUGAAGGAUUCGCAGUUCAGCAUUCGCUACCAGUAUCUGCUUGCUGCUCUCCUUUGCUGUUGUGGGAAAGGUCUAAGAGAAGAGUUUGAUCGACAGUGCUGGCUUGUUAACAUAUUAACAAGGUUAGCACAGAAAGUCAGAGAAGGUGCUCCAUCUGCCAGAGUGGAAAUACUUAAGAAUGGCUUAGAGGAGGUCAAACAAUUCUUUACUCUGAAUGGAUCCUGCUGUCUUCCGCUGAGCCCCAGCCUCCUAGUCAAAGGGAUUCUACCACAGGUCUGCUCACACUUCAACUCAAAUGCUGUACCCUUGAAACUUACUUUCCAGAAUGUGGACCCAGUGGGAGAGAAUAUCCAUAUUAUUUUUAAGUGUGGCGACGACCUUCGACAAGACAUGCUCACCUUGCAAAUGAUUCGCAUCAUGAAUAAAAUAUGGAUACAGGAAGGGCUUGACAUGCGCAUGGUAAUUUAUCGUUGCUUUUCCACAGGCCGAGGGCGAGGGAUGGUAGAGAUGAUCCCAUCUGCAGAGACUCUGAGAAAGAUCCAGGUGGAACAUGGAGUUACUGGUUCCUUUAAAGACCGUCCACUAGCUGAUUGGUUGCAAAAACACAACCCCACAGAGGAUGAAUAUGAGAAGGCAGUGGAGAACUUCAUUUACUCCAGUGCAGGAUGCUGUGUUGCCACCUAUGUGCUUGGCAUAUGCGAUCGACACAAUGAUAACAUCAUGCUGAAGACCAGUGGCCAUAUGUUCCACAUAGACUUUGGACGAUUUUUAGGACAUGCACAAAUGUUUGGAAACAUAAGACGGGACCGUGCUCCAUUUGUGUUCACUUCAGACAUGGCAUAUGUCAUAAAUGGAGGAGACAAGACAUCAAGCCGAUUCCAUGACUUUGUUGAUCUGUGCUGUCAAGCCUACAAUCUCAUCCGGAAGCAUACCCACUUAUUUCUCAACCUACUGGGACUGAUGCUGUCAUGUGGUAUUCCAGAGUUAUCUGACCUGCAGGAUUUGAAGUAUGUGUAUGAUGCUUUGCGCCCACAAGAUUCCGAAGCUGAUGCUACAACCUAUUUUACUCGGUAAUUAAAAAGGUUUUGA